AGUGCUGAAGACCCAGCCUGGCUCCAGCUUCUUUGAAAGAACUCCAGCCCCCCAGCACCUCAGCCCACAGCCCUCUGCUGCCCACAGGAUGGGAGCCUGGGGGCUGGGAACCCAGCCAUGAGGGACUCCUGCCCCUCCCAGCAAAAGGCCAGCCCUGCACUCCUGAGGCACACCCCUACCCAAAGCCCAGGCAUGGACUCUAGACACAGCAGCCCCAUUGGGGCUGGGGAAGGGGCCUCCUGUUCUGAGGGCCCUGGCAGGAGCUUGGCCUGCCCCUCCCUGACCUGCAUCCCUCCCCAAGAGGCAGCCACCAAGGAGACAUUGGGGGCACAUGGAGCCUUGAUCUCAGGGACACAAGAAACCACCUUCUCUGGGAAGCCAGACCCUGUGUCCUCAGUGAACACUGAUCUCUCAUCCUUGGAGAAUAGAAAUCCUGUGUUUUUAGAGAAGAUGGAAUCCAAGUCUUCAAAGCAGGCAGAUUCCACUUCCAUGGGAGAGGAAGAUGCUGGGCCCUUGAGAAAGGCAGAAUCCAUGUUUAUAGUAAAAACAGAGCCUGCAGUCUUGGGAAAAGGGGAUCCUGUGGCUCCUAGAAGGAUGGACCCUGUGACCCCAAGAAAGGAGGAUCCUGGAUCCUUGGGAAAGGUAGAUCCUGUGUGUUCUGACAAGGUGGAUACAGUGUCCCCAGGGAAGGAGGAUCCUGUAUCUGCUACCAAAGUGGAUCCUGAGUUCCCAAGAAAGGAGGAGCCCAGGUAUUCAGGAAAAGAGCUUCCUGUGGCCUCAAGAGAGGUGGCUUCUGUAUCUGUGAGAAAGGCAGAUCUUGUGUCCUUGAGAAAGAAAGAUCCUGGGCCCUCAAGAAAGAUGGAUCCUGUGUCCUUGCUAAACGCAGAUGCUGCAUCUUCAGAAAAGACAGACCCUGGGUCUUUGGGAACACUGACUCCAGGGUCAUCAGGCAAAACUGAGCCUGUAUCCCCUGGAAUAGUAGCUCUGGGGUCCUCAGGAAGGAUGGAUCCUACUCGCUUGGGGAUGACAGAUCCUGCAUCUAUGGGAAAUACAGAAAUUGUGUCCCCCACAAAAGAGGACCCUCAGUUCCUGGGGAAGGUGGAUCCUGCCUCCUCAGGAAAGGAAGAUUCCAUGUCGGCGAGAGUGAUAAAAACUAUGUCUGCUGGGCAGAUGGGUCCUGUAUUUUCAGGAAAGAUGGAACCCACAUCUUUGAAAAAUAUGGAUCCUGUGUCUUCAGGCAGGGUGGGACCGGUUUCUUUGGGGAAGGUGGAGCCUGUGUCCUCAGGAAAGCCAGAGCCCUUGUCUCCCGGGCAGGCAGAGCCAAUGUCCAUGGGAAAGACAGAGACCGUAUCAUCACAAAAGGAAGACCCAGUAUCCUCCACAAAGGUGGACCCCAUUUCUCUGGGAAAUACAAAAACAGCAUCUUCUGGAAAAGUGAACCCUGAAUCGAAAGGAAGAAUAGACCCAGUGCCCUCAGGUCCAGAGACUCCCAAAUUCGUGGGGACAGCAGGACUCUCAUCCUCUGUAAAAGGCGAGGCAGUGACUGGGGGGGAAGCAGAUCCACUGUCCUCAGAGAAGGCAGGUCCUAUGGCCUCUGGAAUGGUGGGUCCCACAGCCUCAGGGAAGGCUGAUCCCCUGGCCUUGGGCAAGGCAGACACUGUGAACAGAGGGAAGGCAGAAACUAUUCCCCCUGGGGAACUGGACUCUGUGUCUUCAGGAAAAGGGGACCCCACGACUCUAGAAAAAACUGUCCUGGCAUCCUUGGGAAAAGCAGAAACUGUGCCAGAGGAAAAGGUGGAUCCUGUGCCUCCAGAAAAGGGGAAUCCUAUGAACUCUGUAAAGGUGGAUCCCCGGGCCUCGGGGAAGGCAGAACCCAAGUCUGAGGGCAAAGCAGAAACAAAGCCCCUUGGGCAGGAGGGCCCUGCGGAAAAAGCAGAGGCUGCAUCUCUGCAGAAGGAAAAGCCACUGGCUUUGGAGAAAGGGGAGCCAGAAUCCUCAGGAAAAGCAGACCCUAUUGCCUCUGGGAAAGUGGAGCCUGCGGUCCUGGGGAAGGCCAACGCUCCAAGCAAAGCAGAGCCCUCAUCCUCCGGGAAGUUGGGCUCCCUGCCUCUGGAGAAGGCGGAGGCCUCCUCUUCCAGGCAGUCAGAUGGCAAACCCUGCGGCCCAGGCGCUUCUCCCGCGGGUGCCGGUAGCGGCGGAGGCCUCCUGGAGCCAGCGCCCAGCACAGCGGUCUCCAGCCCAGGCCAGAAAGACCCGAAGGUCGCUGGGACCGAGAGAAGCCCCGGCCCAGAGGCCGCAGGGCCCCCGGUGGGGCCACGGACUCGCGACAACUUCACUAAGGCGCCGUCGUGGGAGGCCAGCGCCCCGCCGCCGCGCGAGGACGCGGGCACGCAGGCGGGCGCACAGGCCUGCGUGUCGGUGGCCGUGAGCCCCAUGUCUCCGCAGGACGGCGCGGGCGGCCCGGCCUUCAGCUUCCAGGCGGCGCCUCGCGCGCCCAGCCCCGCGCCCAGGCCGCCCUCGCGCCGGGACGCGGGCCUGCAGGUGUCGCUGGGCGCCGCCGAGACAGCAGCUCAGCCUGCCAGACCCCAUCCUGACGCCUGAGCAGCCGCGCUCACACCCCCACCUGCGCGCGGCUCCUCCGCCUUCCCAAAGUGCAGAUUUGCCCUGACCAGCUCACACUGGCGGCCGCCGUGGCGCCCCAGGGAAACACGGCAGCCCGUGCGCGACGUGAGCUGGGACGAAAGAAAGGGCAUGACGUGGGGAGGGUGUGUACCCGGUGCCUCCAUGGGUGGGGUGCUGAGCCAGCUGUGGCCAUCAGAAGCAGCAUCUGGGCGACAGAUCAGGGGGCUCGGCCGCCAGGCGCCCGCACCGCCCGCCCGCCGCCCGUCCAGAUUUGACGACCGUGCAGGCUCGGUGCGCGCCGCGCCCCCAAGUCCGCCGCGCCCGCCUGGCCUCUUCCGCGCUGCUGCAGGUGCGCCGCCCGCGGUGCUGUCCCGGAGCCGGACCACGGCCAGUGAUCUCCUCCCUUUCCUCUCAGCUCCACUCCUCCCGGGUCAGCUGGGUGACACGGGGCCCCUACUCCUACUCCCCUUGAAAGGCCCAGCCCUGAAGAGCUGA